UUAGAUAAUGCAAUCCAGAGUGUUGUAUUGGAAGCUCCGUGGUUUAGAUCUUGUCAAAGAUUAUGUGCAUAUAUAUGCUGCAGUGCUUUGAGGGAAGUUGAUACCUCCAACUUGUUGUCUGCAAUUCUUCAAAGUCCACUCAAAGAGGGUGAUGUGCAGGUGAGGAAAAAGCUUUAUGUUCCGCGUGUGGAGGACAAGAAUUGUCACAUGAGAAUGCUCAACAUCUCAUGUAUGGAUGAUCUUGUUGCGAAUUCGAUGAACAUUUUAGAACCAGCUCCAAUCGAUGCUGAUGGAAAUGAACGGGAAGAUGUUUUACAGGCAAGCGACCCAGUUGAUUUGUUCCUCUUACCGGGUAGAACUUUUCUUCCUAUUUUCUUAAUAC